CAGCGCUUUCAUGGCGUGUUUGUGCGCUUCUGUGGCAACUGUGCGACUCAUAAUCAUGCCUUCCUGUGGACUGUUCAGGAAUAUAACCAGAGGACAGUGUCAUUAGGCAAGAAAAUCAUGGCUGAUUUUUGUUCUGGUUUGUAAUUUCGCUGUGGAACUUUAAGAGGAGAGGUGGUUUUUACGCACAAGGCUCAUCCGGUGGAAGUGGAACUGUGUGCGCACUGGGAUGGCGGAGGAGAUUCCGAAUGAUUCCUUUCCAGACCUGAAAGAACUGGAGAAUAAAGUUGGGAGGAAGACACCGGAAAGUCUUCUGAUUUGGAUGAAGGAUGCUGCGGAAAGCGAAGACGGCUGGAGAUGUGAAGGGGGCGAAAGGGAAGGCGAAAACUGGGACUUCAGUGACAGCUUCAGCGAGAAAAUAACCAACCUGAAACAGGAAAUGAGGUGGCUUCGUUCUGCAGAUGUGAGGAUUCUGCGUCAGUUGGUGGCUUUACACGAAGGCAUCGAGGCCUUGCGUUGGCUCAUAGAGGAACGUGGGACCUUAGCGAGCCGCGGCAGCAGCUUAACAGGAAGUCUGAGCAGUCUGAUAACGAUGGACGAGUGCGGGCCCUUCAUGUCCCCCUGCAGGGAAACCCAGAGUCCCAUCUGCCCUCAGGAGUUUGUUGAAACCACUGAAGAUUCAGAGCAUCAACCACUGCACAAUGACGAGUCAAACCACAAGAGCAGCUUCGAUACGAGGUCUGACUCUGCUGAAGCGAGACCUCCGAGUCUCUCAUCUUUAAAGUUUGAUGUCCGUCGUUCCAUUCAGGGCAGACAAGGAUCACUAAAGUCCCAACCGCAGGACUCGGGUGGAGUUUCAUCCCACGACAACAAAGACGCUGCUGAUCCCGUCAGAAGUGCUCUGCUCAGGUCGAACAGGUCUACAAGAAGAGAAGUAAAGGUCAACACUGGUAGUUUAACCUUUGAGAAACGUUCAGGAGAAACACGAGAGCUUUUUAAACCUCAGGAGAGUUUCAGAGAGUCUCUAAGCAAGAAAAUGGAUGAAGAUAAGAGUGUGAAUGAUAAGGAGGGAGUACUGCUGGGCUAUGAUGCACAGUGGUGCUGGGUGGAAUCACAGGAUGACGUGACAUUUUUAUAAUCUUGUAUUCCACAAUUUGGUUGGAGUACGUAAAAAUGACCCACCAAAAGUAACUGGGACACAAAUGCAAUGUGAAACUCAGGAUAAAAAUCAAGCAGUCUACAGCUGUCAUAGUGUGUGAUUUUGUUUAAAACACAGAAAAUAUCCUAUUGUGAAAGUUUUUUUCUUUUUUUUUCAUCUCUACACCAUUAACAUUAUAUUUUAAGACUUGCAAAACAAAAGGCUGAGAAAGGACAAUUGCAUUCUUAGGAGUUUUAAAAUCUUAUAGCCAUGGUUUGUAAACCUUGUCUUUUUACAUCAUGCUGAUAUGACAGAUGUUAUUGAUUUGUUGUAUGUUUUGCCUCAUGUAUUGUACAGUCUCUAUUGGAU